AUGCAAGUUUCAAAGCUAACGACCUUGCUGGACAAGUCCCUCACCGUCGACCAGACCAAGCAAAUCCACUGUCAAAUUAUACUUAACCGCCUCCAAAACCUCGAGCCGCUGCUCGUUCGCCAAACCCUCAAAUCCGCCGCCACACAUUCCCCUAUAGCCACCCUCUACACCGCCUCGAUCCUCCGCCGCAUGCCGACCCCCUACACCUCCGCCACCUCUCCUUGCACAGCCACGAGAAGUAUAAGCAACAUUGGAACUUGGGCUUCACUUGGACACAUUCCGCGAUUUACUUCCGUGAAUUAA